AUGCGCCUGCCACGCUACGCGCGGGAGGCCUCGGAGUCAGCCUCGACGCUCGCGAGUCCCAGCGGCAGUACCCUCGCUGGCGAGUCUGAGGGCGUGGCGCUGGAAGAUAGCAAGCUAACCCACUCGGCUUCUUGCAAAGGGACAAACCGCGACGGGGUCUUUUGCAGCGAAACCUGCGACAAAGACGCCGGGAACGCCGCUUUUGCGCCAGGGACUCUGCGGCCGAACUGUCCAGUUCACGGUCAGCUCUUCUCCGAGAGCGAAGUGGCUCUGUGCGAUGCAGAGCCUCGCUCUGGCGGGAGGUGUCUGGUGAUCUUCAACACCUGCGUUUACGACCUUUCGAAUUUCUCGCAUCCUGGAGGCUCUCGCCUGCUGAAGGGACACGCCGGACGCGACAUCACCGAACCUUUCCAAGAAGUGGGCCAUUCCGUGCACGCGUUCAAACUCCUCGAUGCUCUGUGCGUGGGAGUCGUGAAGGAGCGGCUCGACCGACACAAACAAACAGUGGGAGAACGGUGCUUGUGCGGCUCUGGCCAAGCAGAAACCGCGACGCUCUCUCAGCUACGGUACCGGGGGCUUGCGCCGGGCGGCGACUCGUCGGAGGCUGCGAGGCAGCUGGGAGAACAUGCGGGUUCGACUUCUCCGACCGCAACGCCCUCUGCCCACGAGUUAAUCGACUUCACCAAGCCUCUCCUGCCGCAGGUGUGGAGGCUCAGCAAAACGGACUACGAACGCCUGAUUGAGGUACCCUGCAUGAUAGAAGGCAGUAUGACGCUCAUGCCGUACGCAUGGAUGGAGCCUCUGUCCCAGACCCGUUGGUGGGUCAUUCCCCUGCUAUGGCUUCCAGUUGUCUUCUGGUGUAUCCGAGAGAAUUUGAAGACUUUGUCCCCCACCUGCUGCUUCGUGUCCGUCUCCGUCGGGCUCGCCUUAUGGACCCUCCUCGAAUAUGUAAUGCACCGCUUCCUGUUUCACUUCCCAGAACAGCGGCUGCCGGACUCCCGCCUCAUUCGCAUCUUCCACUUCCUUGUGCAUGCAGUGCACCAUUUGCUGCCGCUAGAUCCGCUCAGGUUGGUGGUUCCUCCAGCGCUGUUUGUGGCCUUGGCUAGCGGAGUUUACGGGGUGUUCAGUUUGCUCUUGCCGCAGUGGGCAAUUCAAGCUGGUUGUCCCGGCGCGCUGCUCGGCUACAUUGCCUACGACGUGAUUCAUUAUUCAACUCAUCACAUGGCGUUUUUGCAGCGCGUCAGCCACAUACGAGAAAUGAAACGGUACCACAUGCGCCAUCAUUUCCGCUAUCCUCUCCUCGGCUUUGGCGUCAGCAGCAAAAUCUGGGACUGGGUCUUCGGCACUCUCCUGCCAUGA